CAAAGAGGCAGGAUACGUGCAGGUAAACAGCUGCACGAACGACAGGGAAGGAGCAGUGUCAGGAUCAUCUACAAGAUUUUCUCCAGACUCGCUUCCCCUUUUUCGAUUUUGUUUUACAUUUUUUUUAAGGGAAGCGGGAUGGCGGGCGUACCGGCGUCGACGAGAAGGCUGGAGAGGAGCACCCACACUGCGUUCAUCCACGGCAACAACACGCUGUACGUGUGGGGGGGCUUCCAGGCCUCCGGCAGCGAAGACGUCAUGCUCCCCAGUGAUGAGAUCUGGCUAUGCGAUUUGGACAGUGGCACAUGGCAGCGGCGAGAGAUGGGCGGGGAAACGCCCCCUCCCCUGAUGGGCUUCUGUGGCUCCUACAUCAACGGCUCGCUGUACAUCUUUGCGGGAUACGACGGCCAAACUUACAGCAAUCAAAUGUUCAGCGUGGACCUCACGCAACAAUGCUACUCGUGGAAGAAGGUGAUGGAAGCCAAAGGAACGACGCCCUCACCGAGGAACAAACACAGCUGCUGGGUGCAUGGGGACAGGUUGGUCUACUUUGGAGGCUACGGAUGCAAGACGCUGCGGGAGGCGAGGAACAUGGAGUCCACAAACUUCAUCAUCGAAGAGAUGACCUGGCUCACCAUCGGUGACGUGUCGUUUCGCUGCUGGGGCUGGCACAACGAAGUCGACGUUUUUGACACGUUGACCAGCACCUGGAGCGUUCCUGAGAGCAAGGGUGUGCCGCCGCUCCCCCGAGGCUGCCACGCCGGCGCCGUGUUGGGCAACAAAGGUUACGUCUGUGGCGGCGUGGAAACCCCCGAGUUGGACAUGUACUGCUUGGACCUGGACGUGUGGAAUUGGACACAAAUUGUGGCCUUGUCAUCCCGCAUGCCGCCGGGCCGUUCGAUGCACACCAUGACGCCCAUCGCUGACGACACCCUCUUUGUAUUCGGCGGUCUAGCCGUAGACGGGGAAACGCUUAAUGACGCCUGGCAGUUCGAUACUCUGACGAGAAAGUGGCGGGAGAUAACUCACCCGCAUGGUGACAAGCCCAGGGUGUGUCACAGUGCCUGUCUGGGGAGUGACAAUGAUGUCAUCAUAUUUGGAGGGAGCAGCAACCUGUCCAUCACAAUGGAUUCGAUCACCGUGCUGACUUGCCCGUCGCAGACUCACAGCGGUGACGUGCUGAUGAUCCAGACGCAGCCCUACUCGCUCUUCAGAUUGUGCGAGGACUUCCUGGGAAGGAACUCCGAGGUGUUCUCGCAACACCUUUGCAGGCUGCCGGCCAAGCUACGUGACAAAAUUGUCAAGAGAAUCUCGUUCUUCUCCAAGCCGCUUGUAACCUCUUGACCAUCAACCCGGUCUUUCUUUUUUUUUUCUUCAUUUUAAGUGACACGAGCCAGUUGCUAACGUUCGUUUGCAAGGGUUCGACAACCAUGGUGAUUUUUAUUAUUUAACAUGCACAAAAAAACACCAGUUUGUAAGUAAAGGUCUUGUUUUAAUGUAAAAGUUAUUCAUAGAAUUUUUAUCUACAUUUUUGGAAUAAAGUUAUUAAUUUUGUUAUA